AUGGCCAUCUGGGUCGGGAAACAGAAAAUGUCAUGCCGGUCUUGCAUCAAGGGCCAUCGCUCCUCGACAUGCAAUCACCUCGGCGGACCUCUGUGGGCGGUGCGCCCGGCUGGCAGGCCAAAUAAGGCUUGCGUCCACGGGCCAGGCGAUCUCUGCCUAUGCGCUCACUACUUCCCUCUCACGUGGCUGAAGGCUGCCGUCCCACGCAACAAGAAGUGCUCUUGCCAGGGACAAGGGAGCAACGGCAAGAAGUGCAUGUGUGGUCACGGUAAUGGAGCAGCCGCAUCGACCGCGGACGAGGAGACGCAGCCCAUCUUUUUCCAGGACCUCGUGGCCCGAGGCCUGCAGGUGACGACUGAGCCUGUUGAUAUCGACGUGGCUCCGCAACAACCUCCCGCAUCCUGUUGCUCGCGCCCCACACCAGCGACGACGCCUGCACCCGCGCCCGCGGCGUCUUCUUGCUGCUCACAGCCCGCCUCGACUACCCCUGUUGCAGCGCCGGCACAAUCCUCGUGCUGUUCUCAACCAGUCAAAUCUGAAGCUCCCACUCCGGCACCGUUCACGAAUGGGAAUGGACACAUGAAGACCGAGUCAUCGUCUUCGGUUACCUUCCCAGCAACGGCACCCGCACCAGCACCGCAAUUUCAACCUGCCCCCGACUUCAAGGUGCUAGCAAUGACCGCAGCUCAGGCAGCACAUGCGAACAGUGGCGACCACAUAUGCGAUUGUGGCCCUACCUGCAACUGUGUUCUCUGCAUAGACCACCCUUACAACACCGCUACGAUGAACCAUAUUGCCUCAGAAUUCGGGCAUAUGAUGACCACAAACGACUCGACGAUGUCACCAACCAUCGGCUCCAACGGUGGCGCGACUGCUCCAUUCAGCCAAGGAUGGCCGUCGAGCAACGGUGCAAUGGCCAACAGCAUGAUGGCACCCGCACAAACCUUCAACGAGGCCAUGAUGCCACGUCAGUCACCACCGCAGCAACCCACCGACAUCUUCCUAAACCCAGCCGACUUCCAAAUGUUCAACUUUGCGUUCCCGCUCGACAACAUCAACCAGUACGACCCGCAGCCCGACUUCAGCUUUGGGGCGAUGCCGCCCGACAUGGACAUGAGUGGGCUGUGCGGUGGGAUGCCUGAGGGCUGUCCCUGUGGCGAUGACUCCCUCGGGCUUCUCAACCAGGAGGAGGAUGACUACGGGUUUACCAAGCGCGCAAGGCUUUGA